AAUAAUAAAAGUAAACGAAAGAUCCGUUACGAAAGUAAACUCUUUUAUCCGCUCUCCUCUCUCUCAUUUCCCGUGUCUGUCUGACUUUACGUUCCGACAAUCACCAGUAUCAGACAGAAGCAGAGUUCGAAGCUGAGAGAUUCUUUUUCCUGUCUGAAUGUUAAAAAAGUCUAGAAAGAGAGAGAGAGAGAGAGAUAGACAGAUCUGGGUUUCUAGAAGCCAAAGAGAGAAUCCAAGUCAAAGAGUAUAGGAAGAUGGUUGCAAGAACCCCACAAAAGCAGAGGAGAGUGGCGAUGGUGGCGCUUCCUCCUCUCAACUCAGAACUUCUCAAGGAAACAAUCAACAAGGUUGAUAAAUGUAUGGAAAGACUGCAAGAGCUGCAGUAUACAAUAGCAGGAGGAACCAAAGUUGUCUCUGGUGUGAACCUUAGCCCUAGAAGCACUAGAAUUUAUUUGAAGACUAGCCUUAGAUGCAAGCAAGAAACCUUAAGGAUCAAGAAUGCUACUAACAAGAAAUCUCCAUUAGGGAAGUUUCCAGCUUCCUCACCAGGAGACUGGAGGAAAAUGUCACUACCAGCAAUGCUACUAGGAGAGACAGUAAACGAAAUCUUACAAGCCUCACAGGUCACUAGAGACAUUGUAGACGCCCUUGCACCAAAGAAGAGUAGAAAGUCAGAAGAAGACGGUUGCCCGAAGACACCUGAGACUCAACAGAAAUCACUGGAACCAAACCCUAAAACUGUCAGCAGUAAUAUCAAAGCGAGAAGGAAGAAAGAGAAGCAGAAGAACAAACGUUCAGAACCAACUUCUCCUGCUUCUAUACAUAAGGCUCGUUCAAGGAUUGUGUUCAAGAUUGUCUCUCCACAGACAAAACCAGAGAAGAAGGCUCAAGUAAAAGGGGAUGGUGAGAAUAGUUUUAGGCAUUUGGCUAAUAGGGUUUCGCCAAAGCACAAACCUUGGGUUAAAAAGGCUGUUCUUUUCCCUAACCCUUUGUUUAUCUCCGGUUCCUCUACACAACAAGCUAAGUUCAGUAGAACUAUGUCUCCUGUCAUAGCCAGAAGUAAUAAAGAGACGCCACAGAAGUUCUUGAUCAGGUCUCCAACUUCCACAUCAGCAUCAAAGUUUCAGGUUAAGAUCAAGAGCCCACCUAAAGUUUCAGUUUCUCCUAACAGAAGCAGAAGUAACUUGGCUCGCAAGUCACCAACAAGAAGUGUAACCUUGGAAAAGAAGUCUCCGAGGCUAUCUGCAGCUGCAAAGCUGAGAAGAUCAUUCACUCCUACGAGAAAUGGAAGUAACGUGGCUCGCAAGUCAUCUGUUUCUCCAAAGAGAGUCACACUUCAAGCAUUUAUAUCUCCAUCAAGAAAUGGUGGUAACGUGGGCAAGAAGUCACCAAAGCCUUCGAUUUCUCCGACUAGGCUGGGCAAGAAGACGCAGAAGCUAUCAACUGCGGCAAAGCUCAAGAGGUCAUUUUCGCCAUCAAGGCUAGCGAUGAGGCUGGUGUCUCCAUUGAAGAGCAGGAAAAGUGUUGGGAACUGUGAUGAUGAUGGAGUGGGGAUGAUGGUGAGUGGCUUGAAACAGCGUCCGGUUAUAGUUCCUAAGAGGUUCUCGAUGGGGAGAAUCUAAUAAGAGAGAGACUUUGUAAUGAAAUAAGAUACCUUUUUAGUACAAAUAAACUUUUUUUCUUUUAUCAGUUGAUCAAAUAGCAAGUAUUGAAGACUUUUAUAUCUUUUAUCAGUUGAUUAAAUAGUAAGUAUUGAAGAAAGAAGAACUCUAAUAAGAGUUUUGGAGUGUGAUUGGUUA